AUGCCGCACUUCAACAACUAUAAUAUAAAAACAAAGAACAAAGUAAUUAUUACCUAUCUUGAUCUAGCAAAAGCAUUUGAUUCAGUCGACAGUGAGAAGCUCUUGACAAAACUGGAGAUGAUGGGUAUCAAACAACCAGCUUUACAGUGGUUCAGGAGCUACCUAAAAGACAGAGUCCAAUAUGUUCAGAUCAAUGAGAGUUUGAGUGGCCUGGAGCAAGUUGAUUACGGGGUUGUUCAGGGGAGUACUCUUGGGCCUAUUCUCUUCCUGAUAUAUGUUAAUAAUCUACCACUGCUGAGCAUCAAAAGUAAAUUUUUUUUAUUUGCUGAUGAUACGGCUGUGGUCUCAACUGGUAAAUUAUGGGACGACGCAUACAGGAACGCGACAGCUGACUUGUCUAGAAUUAAAGCCUGGUUCGACCACAACUCUUUGACUGUCAAUAUCAGCAAGACCAAGUACAUGCCUAUAAGCAAAAAUAAUGAGGCUUGCUGGAAACUCAAUGGUGAUACUUGUACGGCAUGGCAUUUUGAUAAGUCGACAUUUAGUGAGACUAUCGUUACUCAGUGGGAUUUGGUCUGUGAUAGAGAGUACUUGACUGCUUUUACCCAAACAUCAGUGAUGGCUGGUAUUCUAGUAGGGAAUCUAGUUUUUGGUGUACUUGCAGAUAAGUAUGGGAGAAAAACUCCAUUGAUGUGCGCCUUAUUUUUACAAACUGUACUCUCAUUGGCAUCUACGUUUGUACCGUGGCUGUAUGUGUUUAUUGGCUUGAGAUUUCUUCUGGCAGUAGCAACCGGAGGAACGAUGGUCACAAGUUUUGUUUUAUGUAUGGAGACCGUAUCAGGUAAAUGGAGGACGAUUGCUUCAAUUCUGUAUCAAGUGCCAUUUGGCAUCGGAGUCGGUGUAAUGGCGCUUGUCUCAUACUAUUAUCGCGACUGGAGAGACUACAACUUCAUCAUAACUUUAUUGUCGGGACUAUACAUUUUCUAUUGGUGGUUUAUUCCUGAAUCUCCUAGAUGGUUAUUGGCAGUUGGAAGGACUGAGGAAGCAGCGAACGUUCUGCUGCGAGCCGCUGCCACCAACAGCUGCUCUGAAAGCAACAUAACAACUAUUCUAGCUAUGAGAAGCAAGAAUCAAUCAAGAAGGUGUGAGCACAAAAGAACGCCAGCUUCAACUCUUUUCACACACAAGAGCUUGAGAGGCGUUACUUUCUGUGUGCUGACCAUCUGGCUUUUGUCAGGCUUGUGCUUUUUUGGUCUCAACCAAUACCAAGGCAGACUGGGAGGCAGCCUCUUCAUCAAUGUGGCGCUGUCUGGAUUACUGGGAGGAAUUCCCGGACCAUUGGCUUCAGUGUUGAUUGUUCAGAAAUUCGGUCGCAAAUGGACAAUUGUAUUGUCCUUGGCAAUUGCCGGCAUUGCUGCUAUUCUUAUAGCUAUUGUUCCAAUAGGUGUUAACGCGAAUGAUUGGCCAAGGCGAGUUUUGCUGGUUGUCAGUGUAACAGGAAUGUCGAUAUCAUAUCCGACAGUCUAUCUUUAUUCGGGCGAAUUGUUCCCAACAGUUGUGCGCAAUGUUGGCAUAGGAUCAGCUUCCAUGAUGGCUCGUAUUGGAGCCAUGCUAUCACCGAUAUUUCUCUCAACUGUGAGAUGGGGAGAUUGGAUUCCUAUAACGCUUCUGGGGGUCUUCAUCCUGAUGUCUGCUUUAAUAGUUAUACCAUUACCUGAAACAAAAGACAGAUAUCUGGCAGAUACCAUACAGGAAAUGGAAAAAUAUAUUUCGAUGAGAAAUGAAGAGAAGCGAAUGAAAUCCUACACUGCAGUUCCAUCAAAUGGUGAAAUCUAGAGAAACAGAUCACCCUUAAGAGGAAUGUGUAGGUUUGUCUUCCAAGCGGGGUCAUAGAAUUAUCGGAUGAGAUGGGGACUGGGGUAAAAACCAUGCUGGCUCACAAACAUCGGUCUUCAAAGCUCCACUCUCUCUCAAUUGAUGCGCUCACUCACACAUCAGCCUUCUAUUUCUAGAGAAAAAGUUUAUUAUUUCAGUAGCUCCACUCUCUACCAAUUCAUGCGCUCACUCACACAUCAGCCUUCUCUUCCUAGAAAAGUCCAGGCUGUUCUAACAUGACUGAUCUGCUUCUGAGUAGCCAGGCUAUAAUAUCAUCUAUUGAUUCAUCUUUAUUGCUUCAACAGUGUUAUCAAAGAACACUUCAUUUGACUAAUUCUUCUAUACCGACAUACAAGUUCAUUAAUAUAUGAGUGCACUAUAUAAUAUAGAUACAGUAAGUGCAGAAGGUGUUAAUAAAAUGGUUCAUGCAUGGACGAAUAAAAAUCAUGAUUCUUCAUUCUUCAGAUAUAAAUAUAUUUAUUUCGAUUCUAGAUAGGAAUUAAUUUUUCCAGUAAUAAUAUUGUUUUGAGUACAGGAUCAAUAUUUCAAUGUAUUCAUGUAUAUUAUUGUAAUUUAAUUUCCAACCUUCCAUUGAAUAUUUUCAAGUUUAUAUGGAUAAUAAAGCAAAGUGGCCUCAGUUUUCAACAAAUUAAAAAUUAUCAGGAAAAAUCACAAACAAAAAAUGAUUCCAACCAUAUAAUAAAUCAAAUCAAAUUGGUUUUUAUUGUCCAUGAUAACAGGGUAUAAAAAUUCAAAUCAUACAGCAACGCUACAUUUUCUGCAACCAAAUAAUCAUAAAUAAAUCUUACAGUUGAAUUAAAUAAUAAUUAAUCAUGAUAGCUAAAUCCAACUGCUAUAUAUCGUAGUUACAGAAAAUACAACAUUAUAUGUUUUAAUAAACUUCAUGAAAACUAUCCACAAAGGCAAAGCCUGUGUGUGGAAAAGGGUCUUGACGAUGAUUGACUAACUUUGGAUUGUCCUCGUACCUGCAUCUAUUAGAUUAUUGGGUAAACCAGACAUUAAUAUUGGAAAAUAUUUAAAGUAUAAAAGAUGAAAAGAUUAAGAGUUAAACUUGGACCAUCAUUACACGACAUUUGCUUUAUCUAUACGAUGAAUGAAAUAUCUCUUCUAUAUUUAUUCAUUUAUUUCAUUGGCAAUUACAGAUCAUAUAAUUAUAAUAUGAUUGGGAGAAGACAACAGGCAUAGCCCAAAACUGUCUUCUCCCAAAUUUUUACAAAUAAAAGUUU